UUGGGACAAUGUGCUUAGACAUAACACCUCCAUUCUUCUCAGUCCAUCUUGCUAAUAAUGAACUUGAUCGAGGCUUGGGAAUCAACCGCUGUGGCUACUGAGCAGAAACAGCCACUAGUCUACCAGAGGGCAAGUACACCACUGUUAGAAGACUGGUCCUUGCUUAGGGUUCCUCAGAGAGAACACACUCUUAUCUCUGCCUUCAAGUUUUUUUUGUUUGCUGUCUUACUUGUGCCAAGACCAGGAUUGAGAUUGAGGACUGUAUGUGGGAAAGGACCAGGGUGUUUGGGAGGACAGCUUUCCUUGUCCAUGGGAAGGCACAGAGACCACCACCAUGGAGAAUUUCCAGAGCCCUGGAUGAAGCUUUUGAUUAUGGAUUUCUCUCAUUGCCAGUGGAGCAGGCCCACAUAAUUCACUCUACCAGGGUGCAAAGAUAAGUUGCUUCCUGACAAUUAAGACCUGUUCAGAUUCUAUGAGGUGAGUGCCACAGUUAACCAGUGUCUUGUCAUUGUCCUUCAGGUCAACGCCAUGAUAAAUCCUCAAGUCCUCAUUUCAGGCCUCUUACUCUUUCUCUCAGCUGCUGUGUAUUGUUUCCCAGAAGUGCACGGAGUGGUGGGUCACCCUGUGAAACUGCCAUGUACUUAUCCAGUCUCUAAUGGGAUCUCAUCCAUGUGUUGGGACCAAGGGGAAUGCGGGGAUACAUGUGUACAAACACUUAUCUGGGCUGAUGGACACAAGAUCUACUAUCAGACAAACAAUCGCUACCAGCUGGAGGGACAGCUUCUUGAAGGAGAUGUGUCCUUGACAAUAGAGAAUACCACUGAGAGUGACAGUGGUCUCUACUGCUGUCGAGUGGAAAUGAAGGACCCGAAUGGUGUACAGAGACUGACCGUCUCAUUGCGGGUUCAGCCAGUUUACAUCAUCACUGUGACAUCUUCACAUCACCCAGCAGCUGAGCACACGAAAGUGGUCCCCACAUCGCACCCCCUGAUCUCCACUAUGGGCCUCUAUAUUGGAAUCCCCGUGUCUGUUGUGCUGCUGCUCCUCACGAGCAUCCUGUUGGCCAUAAAGUGCAGUCACAGGAGAAAGAAGAAGAAAGAGAGCAACUCUCUCUGCAGUCCAGUUGUCUUCCAUGAUUAUAGCAAUGAAGCUUUUGAAAUUACAGUGGAACCAAAAGAUACAGUCUACACUAUUGAAGACAAUUUCUAUCCCAGGAUAAACUCCCAGCUGCCCUCUAAGAUGACAUCAUUCCAAGACUGUAGGUGAAAGUGAUGGAGUAUCUCCAUGCUGGACACCCUUUGAGCUGCAAGGCUGUAUUCUGUGUCAGUACUUCUGGUGUUCCCACUUGCCAGCAAUAACAGAGAGAUGGCCCUCUAAAUGUUCAUAUGCAUAGGUAGUACUUAGCUUUGUCACACACAGGAGAGUGUUCUCUCACACAUGAAUACUUGAGAAUUUCUUGUGUUCUUUAGAUUCCGUAAGUCUUGUGUCCAUGAAAGACAAUCAUUGGUAAUGCAGGAAAUAACCUGUCUUAAAAUAUCAAGAAGACAGGAAUAGGAUGUAAAAAUUAAAAAAAAAACCAAAAAACUAAAUGGGGGGGCAAGACUUAAUUUAGAAGUACUUUGUGGUUUUAUUUUAUUUUAUUGUAACUCAAAAAGUCUGUUUCCUCACCUUUCCCAAAAGGGCUUAAGUCAUGGGAACUUCAGGUUUUAAUUUCUCUGGUAGGUAAACAGAAAGGAGCCUAAAGUGUGCAUGCUUUUAAAUGGCUCAUGAAAUAUGAAAUAUGAUUUAUUGCUAUGUGGUUGAUCUUAGGAUAAGGAUGGGUGUUUCAAGUCAGGAGGGGUUGUCAUGGUGAAUAUGGCUCAGGCAGGCAUUAGGGGAAGAAAAUAGUGGACCAAAGGAUUGAGUUCAUUAGUACUAUAUCUGCUACACUUCUGACUUGAGGCUCAGUGUUCCUGUACUCACCUGCUGGGCUCUGAACUAGGUGCUAGAAGGAGACCAUGCAGAAAUGAAGGGGAAAGGAGGGAGCAGGACACAGGCUCUGCCUGAGAGAAGCCCUAGUCCAGGUGUGACAGAGUUUGGAAAUAUCACUGGUUCAUUCAGAGUCUAAAUGUAUAAUUGUCUCCAGACCAUAUUUAUAUUUAAAUUUAUUUCAGAAGGACAAAGCAUUUUCAGAGUGGAUCAGUUUGUCACAAUCAAUGAAAUAUUUGGUAUUGGAAUCUUUAUUGCCAGCUGGAUUGUUGACAACAGCUGAUUUUUGAGGGGGUAUUAACUUUUAUGUCAGUUUUUCUGUCCCCCUGAGCUCUGGCUCCCCCUAGUUGUCCUUUUAUCUCUGCAUACCCUCCAUGGCAACUGUACACACCACACACACACACACACACACACACACCCCUGCACAAAUGCACAUCCAUGCAUACACAUAACCAUGUACAUUCAUGCACACUAAAUAACUAAGGUGUAAUAAAUUUUAAAAAGCUACAUUAUGUUACGGAAUAAGAUAGAAAAGACCAAUAAUUAGAUACUGAUUUAUUUAGUGAUUUACCUAAAGCACAGUUUGUAUUGACUAUUUGCCAAGAAUGACUUCACUAGUUACUUGCAACAGAAUGACCUGGAGAAACAGCUGAAGCAAUGGGUCACUGGCCUUGACAACCUGCUGACUGUCACAUAUGCUCUAUAAACAAUUGCUUGUUUGCC